CAAAACUCUUCGGUCUGGUAAUUUAGCUCUUCUGCACACCCCGCACGAUGCGGGAAAAGUGGUGAUGCUGACGAAGAAGCGGACAGCUACAUAAAGUCAACCCGAUGGUGGAGCAUACGUCGCAACAGAGUGCGCUGUUCCCUUGGCCGUGCAAACCUAACAGACGUUCUUCAACAACAAUAUGAGGCUUCUUGUCUUGUUAACCUUCGUCUCCCAGAUUGCUGGCGCAUUACCCAGCUCUGCGGAUGGCGCUUCAGCUCCCACUGUUGACCUUGGGUACUCCAAGUAUCAAGGUACCCGUCUCGCGGGAGGAGUAGAUCAAUUCUUGGGUAUGCGCUAUGCCGCUCCUCCCUUGGGAGAUCUUAGAUUUCGAGCGCCUCAAGAUCCCGUGACGAAUGCCACAUUACAGACGGCCACUGAGUAUGGGCCAAUUUGUAUUGGUGUCGAUCAAGACAAUUCCCCCGCGGACUGGACGGAGGAUUGUCUCUUCAUCAACGUUUUCAAGCCUUCGACAGCUACGCCACAGUCGAAGCUGCCUGUAUGGUUCUUUAUCCAGGGCGGAGGGUACGCACAGAAUUCCAAUUCCAAUUACAAUGGCACGACUGUGGUGGAGGAAUCUGGUCGCGGACUGGUGUUUGUCACGCUCAAUUAUCGCGUCGGAGCGUUGGGCUUCCUGGCUAGUGAAGAAGUGCGGAAGCACGGUGACUUGAAUGUAGGUUUGUUGGAUCAACGCAAGGCUAUGCAUUGGAUCAAGAAGCAUAUUGCAUCAUUUGGCGGAGAUCCAGACCAUAUUGUGAUCCACGGUGUCUCUGCGGGCGCAGGAUCCGUGGCCUUCCACCUCACGGCGUUCGGAGGAAAGGAUGAGAAGCUAUUUGUGGGCGCUGUGGCUGAAUCGUCGUUCUGGCCCACCCAGCGCACGGUCGCAGAGAUGGAAUUUCAGUACGAGCGGUUUGUCAAUGACACUGGCUGUUCCAAGGCGACGAAUUCUCUUCAAUGUCUCCGAGACCUCGACAUCGCGACCAUCCAAGGUGCCAAUACAGCUUCACCCUUCCCAGGAGGCAGCAGUAGCCCCCUUCCCGACUGGUACUGGCUACCGGUGACCGAUGGCAACUUGGUUCCGGAGCUUCUGUACGAUGCCUUCAAGAAGGGGAACUUCAUCAAGGUCCCGGCACUGGUGGGUGACGACACGGACGAAGGCUCGAAUUUCGCCUACAACGCUAGCACUCGCUCUGAAGUGUCACAGUUCUUCAAGAACAACUACCCUCACCUGACCGCGGCCCAGCUGGACAGAAUACUGGAGGCCUAUCCGCAAACUAGCCCGAUACCCAAACAUGGAGCCUGGUUCCGAACCUCGUCCGAUGCUUAUGGGGAUGCAUGCUUCACGUGUCCCGGUAACCAUUUGACCGCAUCCGUUGCCAAGCAUCUCCCGCACUCGACGUGGAACUACCGAGUUAAUAUCCUCGAUCAGUCGAACCUAGCUGGCGGCAUAGGAGUCCCGCAUACUUUUGAGCUACCAGCCAUAUUUGGUGCGGGCAGCACCGGGGCGCUCAGUAGCACGUCUUCGUAUCUCAGCUACAAUGCUGAGAUUAUACCGGUGACCAUGCACUACUUUAUCAGUUUUGCUAUGAAGCUCAAUCCGAAUCUUCUCCGAUAUAGCGGUGCGCCGGAGUGGAACACCUGGGGUAGUGGGUCACGUCUGCGGUUGCAGACGAACAGCACUGCGAUGGAGGAGGUGCCUGCAUUGUCGGUGCAGCGCUGUCAGUUGUGGGAGGAUUUGAGUGGCACAACCGAGGUUUAAGUGGGAUGCGACGUCUAGAGAAUUCGUCGUCAUAGAC